UUGCUGCAGCAGGAUUCGCUGACAGUGGCUAUUGAUGCACAUCCAUCUGCUCAUUCUGGACAGCAUUUCGACGCUCGCACUUUACCCGUGAUGCCUUUCGUUGUGCUGCUGUGGGUGAUGCUUAACAUUGCCAGCACGCUCAGCCCACUAGAGGCUCAAGCCGGGUUUUACCACUGGAUGGUUGCGCUUCCGUCGCAUGAAGCGUACUCGGUCUUGAUGACUAUUUGGUCUGCCGGGGCGCAUAACCGCCUGUAUCGCGCGCUGCCUGUUUUGUUUCCCUGGUGGCCGGUGGCUAAUGUUACUACCUCGAUUACGCAUAUUCGCGCCUGCCAUCUGGCGUACAAGCUUGAUCAGGAAGAAAGGGCUGGUCUGGAUGUAGAAACCGGCUUGACUCCAGGGGAAGGAGCGAAGGAGGACCCUGCACCGCUGCAGAAUACCCUCACAACGGCAACGACAAGGACGUGGUUGGAGAGGGAGAGGACUGUAGAAGAUGUAGCGCUUGAGCGGAGACAAGUGUAUGGGCCAUCGAUUCCGCCCUUUGCAUGAGUAUCUUUUGUUCAUUCAGCAGGUUGGUGUUGUUUGCUUGUAUACCCUGGUGGUUCUUGUUUCUCUUUUCACCCUCUCCACGAUAUAAUGUAAUAUGAUACGAUAUUAUGUCAUAUGGAACAUAAUACCUAGACUAGAUCAUUGACCAAAGAAAAUAUCGCUGUUGUAUCCAUUCAUAUGAGAAACAUACCAAGCAACAUAAAAUUAUAUAACAGAUCUGUAUUAUUUUGAAUCCUGGAAUCUCUACCAUGUAGAAAUCUAGUAGUGUAUGUACUUUGC